ACCCGGAAGCGGCCUCGGCCUGCUUUUUUUUUUUUGUUUUGUUUAUUAUUCCCCCGCGGGGAAGACGAGAUGGACCUUCUCAAGGCGGAGGUCGAGCGGAAGCGGAAGCUGGUGGAGGAGAAGGAGCUGCUGGCGGGAAAUAAGAAAUAUUUCAAGCGCAGUGAGUUAGCAAAGAAGGAGGAAGAGGCAUAUUUCAAAAGAUGCGGAUACAAGCCAGUAAGUGAGACGCCACCGAGAGAGGUCAGCGAUGAGGCCGAAAAGGAUGAAAAUCCAGGCUCUUCAAAUCCGGUGCUGGAGCUGGAGCUGGCAGAGGAGAAGCUGCCCAUGACUCUUUCCAGGCAAGAGGUCAUUCGGAGACUGAGAGAAAGAGGGGAGCCCAUCAGACUGUUUGGGGAAACAGAUUACGAUGCCUUUCAGCGAUUGCGGAAAAUAGAAAUUCUGGCCCCGGAAGUGAACAAGGGACUGAGGAACGACCUGAAGGCAGCUUUGGAUAAGAUCGACCAGCAAUACCUGAACGAGAUUGUAGGGGGGCAGGAACAAGGAGAGGAUGACGCGCAGAAUGACCUCAAAGUCCACGAGGAGAACACGACCAUUGAAGAACUAGAGGCCUUGGGAGAAUCCUUAGGUCAAGGUGACGACCAUAAAGAUAUGGAUAUCAUCACUAAAUUCCUGAAGUUUCUUCUCGGAGUUUGGGCAAAGGAUCUGAACGCGAGAGAAGAUUAUUUGAAACGGGGCGUCCAGGGAAAAUUGAACAGCGCGACCCAGAAGCAGACGGAGUCGUACCUGAGACCUCUCUUCAGAAAACUCCGCAAAAGGACUCUGCCUGCAGACAUCAAGGAAUCCAUCACAGAUAUUAUCAAGUUCAUGUUGCAAAGGGAAUACGUGAAGGCCAACGAUGCCUAUCUCCAGAUGGCUAUUGGGAAUGCGCCCUGGCCCAUUGGCGUCACCAUGGUUGGCAUCCAUGCCCGUACCGGUCGUGAGAAGAUCUUCUCCAAGCACGUGGCCCACGUUUUGAACGACGAGACUCAGAGGAAAUACAUCCAGGGUUUGAAGAGGCUGAUGACCAUUUGCCAGAAGCACUUCUCCACCGACCCGUCCAAAUGUGUGGAGUACAACGCUUUGUGACAACACCGCAACCUCCUUUCUGCUCUUGGGGACCCAGGCAAGACGGGAGAGGGACAGCCUUUGGGAGAACUUUGCCUCUGAAGCUUGGAAGAAAGAGCAGAGGUCAAUGUUGGUUAAAUUUGGCGCCUGUGUGGACUUCAACUCCCAGAAUUCCCCAGCCAGCCAUGCAAUUCUGGGAGUUGAAGUCCACACAUCUUCAUGUUGCUAGAAUUGACAAGCACCAUCUGAUGUUCUGCCCAAUCAGUCUCAACAACUUAAGCUUCUAUCAGCUUGUAUAUAUCUUUUUUUUUUUUUUUUAGUUUUUAUAGGAAAUCGUCUCGAAAAAAAAAUCUGGUAGUGGGGGAGAAACAAUGUCCGUGAACCCAUGUUAGUGGCAGAGGAUGAUCUUAUGCAGGGGAACAAAUAGACUUGAGAAAAAGGAGGGGUUAAUUUCAUUUGUUAAAAUCCAAAGCUAUGGGUAAGUGUGCCGAAACAAAUCAAGAUUCGUAAGUGUGCAGGAGGAUGGAGUUGUUCCAGGUUAACUUGCAAAUUCAAGUCUGUUUAAAACAAGCCACUUUUGAAGGUUUGAUCCUUUCCCGUUGGGACAGGCUCCGAUUCUGGGUUCAGAUUCUAAAACACACAACCUCUUUUCCUUCUCUAUUUUCCUCGAUCACCUGCUGAUUUGUAAUGUGGUUUGUUAAACUUGGAAUGCCGGCUUAAGAGGAGCCUCAAAUAUUGUCAUGAAAGUUCAUCCCUUUUUAAAGGGAUUUUUAAAAUGGCUAUUACGGAUUACGGGCAAUAAUAAUUUGAUUAUUAGGUCCUUCUGGGAACAGGGAUCUGGCUCAUCUAAAGGCAGUUUAUAAUAACCUGACUCUCAAGAACCGACAAAUUUGCAUUUGCUCUGCGUUUCUUAAUUUAUAAAGUUACUUUCCUGCCUAUUA